CUUAGGAUAACCAUUACGAGGACUACUCAUCGGAGAGGGGUUUCUACAGCUUGAUAAAACUCAACCAACCGAAAUGGAGACAAUGCAUGAGAUCAUUCCCUUCGCAAGAGAAAUGCUGAGCGCCGGUCCCACCAAGGGCUGCCUAAAGGUUUACCUGGUGGGCGGCACACUCGCUGUCCUGGGAAUGAUGAGCGGAGUGGUACAGUUGGCCUCCUCCUUCUUCCCUGACCAGGAGGAGCUCAGCUUUGAGAUGCUCAAUGAGAAGGAGGUAAAAAUAGUGAAGGAGCAGAUCCAGGAGCCACAGACCUCCAUCAUAGAGGAUGAUGAAAUGGACGCUGUGAUGGAAACCAAGGCCAAAGAGAUGCCCGCCAACAGGCAGAGGCGCAUGAGCUUCAGGGCACACGCUUCAUAAGGCUCGCCCUCUGCAGUUUCGUGCCCGUAUGAAGAAAGUGGAGCCAUAAAAGAUCUCCUGCUUGUGCACUGAUGUGUGGGACACGUCCUGAGGAAAUAACUCUGCUUUUGGGCUGAGAGCUGCAGAGCAGCAUUAAGAAGGAGAUGACUUGAUAGUUUGACUGUUGUGUACGUCUGUUUAGAUGGUGUAAAGAUUUUCUUUCAAGUGAACUAUUUAUAAAGGAUGUAUAAAAGUCACGUGUUGACUGACUGUGCUAUGUUCGAGCGCCAUUUAAUAAAUACAAAAAUGCUCUAA